GUCCUUCAUUUAGCGCCAGUUUACUGGGGAGCACAGUUUAGUUGAUUGUUUGAAUGAAAUAAAUGCCUGUCUGGUUCAAACCGGAAGUGAUUUAUUGUGAGGUUCUAAUAUUUGGUUUUGUGUCGCCAGUGGAAAAAGGAAACAAAGCUGAGCAGCUACGAACAGAGCCCCAGUCAACACGUCUAAAAUGGACAGUGAGGAUGACCUGGACAUUCUGACUGCGCUCCUGGCUGAGAACGAGGAUGCCGAUGAAGUACAAGACGGUGAGGAGCAGGCGGACGAUUUGGACGGCCUGUUCGAUGACGACGACAGAGAUGAGGAAGAGUACAACGAGGGCAGCGAGGGGGCGGCUACCGAGGCCGUAGUGUCAGAUCUCUUCGGGGAUGUUGGCGACAUUGAAAAGGAAGAGAAGGAUGCAAAAGGAAAAGGAAGCGAGCGAGAAGUCCGAAAUGACCUGAACGGGUCCACAGAGGAUUUACAUGAGGAACUGAGGCGGAUGCAGGAGCAGAUGCAGAAGCUGCAGCGGCAGCUGGAGGCGAGCCAGAAGAACCUAGCUCCUCCAUCCACUAAAACCAGCUCUGCAGGAAGCUCCACUUGUCCCAAACCAGGAAUAUCAAAACCAACACCGACCCAGCCCCCAGCAUCCAAACUGAGCCAGGCUAGACCUAAACAACAAGCAGCAGCAGCAUCUUCUUCCACUCCAGUCAGAGGAGGAAGCUCGAAGCUGCAGGAAUCAUCGGACUUCUCCUCUCAGCUCAGCAAUGCAGACUCAUUCAAACGCAAACCAAGAAUGGCUCACCAACCUAAAGCUUCACCACCAGAGGAUAUGAAACCAUUGGUGGAGGUGAAGAUUGGCAGCUCCUUCCAGCCACUAGAGAGCACCAGCGAGCCCUCUGAUCGCCUGCUCUCACCUGCUCCGUCCCGCAGCAGGUCUACACCAGCUGGACCACCUAAACCAGCACCUGAGCCUCCUGUUCCUAAAGACGUGGGUGUUGAGAAGUACUCAGGACUGCGCCUCAGGAAUCCUCGAGUUUCCUCAAGCGAGAUGGACCGAAAGAUGGCCGACCGCCGGCUGAUCCGACUGUCCCGGGUGCCGGAUUGCCUGAAGCGGGAGAAGCUGGAAGACAGCGACUGGGUGACGUUUGCUGUGCUGGUCAACAAAGCUACGCAGCAAAGCAGCAGCAGUGGCAAAACCUUCAGCAUCUGGAAGCUGAACGACCUUCAGAACCUGGAUGUGUUUGUGUCCCUGCUGCUGUUCGGUGACGUCCACAAAGAGCACUGGAAGAUGGAGCCCGGCACGGUCAUAGGACUUCUGAACCCCAACCCCAUGAAGCAGAGAGACGGAUAUGAAGGGGUCAGCUUGACAGUGGAUCACCCUCAGAAGGUGCUGGUGAUUGGAGAAGCUCUGGACUACGGGACCUGCAAGGCCGUGAAGAAGAGCGGAGAGCCCUGCUCUCAGAUUGUUAACAUGUAUGAGUGCCAAUUCUGCCAGUACCACGUCAAAGCCCAGUACAAGAAGAUGAGCUCGAAGAGGGCCGAGCUGCAGUCGUCGUUCUCUGGAAAAGCCCCCAACCGGGUGAAGGUGAACGGAAAGGGGGGCAGCCUGAAGGAGCGGCUGUGUCAGGACGGCUUUUACUACGGUGGGGUGUCGUCUGCUGCCUGCGCCGCUUCCCUGACUGCGUCCAAGCCGAACAAACCCGUUCAGAAAACGCUGGAUAAGCUGUUUGUCAGAGGAUCGGCUCAACUCAUCAGUCAGGCCAAGAGGCUCGGCAUGAAGUCUGGGGAGGUUUCUGGAUGUUCCAACGAAUUUAGGAGCCUGAUGUCGAUGCCAACCCCAGGAGCUCUGCAGCUGAAGAAACAUCUAGAACAGGACAGCCAGUUUGCCUCCAAAGAUGCAUCUGGAGCUCCGCUUGAGUCCAUCUCUGCAUCCGACCUGUUAAAGCAGCAGAAACAGAGGCAGCGCGAGCUCCUCGAGAGCCGCAGACACAGAGCCGAGCAGAGGGUGCUGCAGAAACCGAGCAACACCGUUACAACGCCGGGCCGAGGUGGUCUGACUUCUCUGAAAGCUGCCUCAGAUGUCUCCAAGGCGACGCAUAGCCCAUCGGCGCCUCACGCCCCGACCCUGGGCCGUGGCUUCUCCGAGGGAGACGACAUCCUCUUCUUCAACAGCAGCGCGCCUCAGACUCCGCCCCCGAGCGCUCUCAGCCUGUCAGCCGCCAAGCUGGCCGCUCUAAAGAAACUGAGGUCAAAAGGAGCAGCGCUGGAGAAGGAAGACCCCAACGCUGUGAAGAGGAAGUGGAGCGACAGCAGCGAGAUCAACACCCGAGUAGAGAAGAAUCGGAUCUCACCCAACGGCGAGUUGUCCGGUAAUGAAGAAGAGGAACCAGCCCUGAAGAAGAGACGCGAGCAGCUCCAAUAUAUGGAAUCCGAGGAGUUCCAGAAGAUCCUCAAUGCCAAAUCUCGUCAUGGGGUUGUGCUGCAAGCGGCAGAGUACCAGCUGCAGGAGCGCUACUUCAACGUGCUGGUGAAGAAGGAGCAGAUGGAGGAGAAGAUGAAAGGAAUCAGAGAGAUGAAGUGUCGGGCUGUCACCUGUAAAAAGUGCAGCUACACCUACUUCAAGCCGGCAGAUCGUUGCGUGAGUGAGAACCACGACCUGCGGUGGCACGAUGCCAUGAAGCGUUUCUUCAAAUGUCCCUGUGGACAAAGGGCCAUCGCUCUGGACAGGCUGCCACACAAACACUGCAGCAACUGUGGCCUGUUUAAAUGGGAGCGUGACGGGAUGCUGAAGGAAAAAACAGGACCUAAGAUCGGUGGAGAACUUCUUCAGCCUCGAGGAGAGGAGCACGCCAAGUUCCUCAACAGCUUGAAAUGACCUGAGGGAAACCUGAUAAGCGUUUUAUGUUUGUGUAGUAACAUUUCUUUUUCAUACUCAGAUGUGUAGCCUGCGGUAAAUGAGCUGAUUAAAGCAAAUAAUUAGUAAUAA